AUGGCUCCCAGGAGGAUGGAAACCAAACCGCUGAUCUUCUGCCUGAAGACGCUGCUGCUGCUGUAUUCCUUCAUCUUCUGGGUGACAGGCGUGGUUCUGCUGUCGGUGGGAUUGUGGUGGAAGUUCAUGUUGGGUCCGUACACGCUGCUGAUCUCCAGCGGCCCGUCCAACGCUCCCUUCGUCCUCAGCGGUACCGGAGCCGCCAUCGUGCUGUUUGGCCUGUACGGCUGCUUCGCCACCUGCAGGGGGCGCCCCUGGAUGCUCCGACUGUACGCCGUCUUUCUGUCGCUGGUCUUCUUGACUGAACUCAUCGCUGGAAUCUCUGGAUUCGUCUUUCGUCACGAGAUUAAAGGAACGUUUCUGACCACGUUCAGCGACGCAGUGAUGAGAUACGACGGACGAGACGACCGAAGUCUGGCUGUCGACGGCGUCCAGCGCAGACUGCGCUGCUGUGGCGUCUCCAACUACACCAGCUGGCUCAGCAGCCUCUACUUCCCCGUGGCCGGGAUUCCUGCCAGCUGCUGCGUGAGCUUCUCCGACUGCAGCGGAACCGACCUGAAGAACGCAACUGUGGCUGCACGCAAAGUCCACAAACAGGGCUGCUAUGAACUGGUGACGUCCUUCAUAGAGAGCAACAUGGGGAUCAUCGCUGGAGUCACGUUUGGCAUCGCCUUCUCUCAGACAUGA